CUCACACUCACUAAGUCUCACAUGCUUGGACAGCUUUCAGUUGUGACUUAUCAGAAUCCAGGCUGGAGGAAGGGAAGGAGAGAGGUUUAUAUCAACAGACAGCUGAGCAUUUCGGCAUUUUGGUACACUUCUGAUUUACUGGCAAGUUAGGGAAAAGAGAGAGGAAACUAACUGUGUGCAUUGGCCUCCAACAGCAAUUCUAAUCAAACAAUGGGAGUUCAGCCUGAAAACAGCAAAGCUCCAGGCGUCAGCAGUAGCCCCAAAAGCUGUCGCACCUGUUACCGGAACAUCUUUUGCAAUAUCAAGGUGUUUGUGAUUUGCCAUGGCCUCCUCCAGUUAUUCCAGCUUCUUUACAGUGCUAACUUCAAGAGCAGCCUGACCACCAUUGAGAAGCGCUUUGGGCUCUCCAGUCUCUCUUCCGGCUUCAUCUCCAGCCUGCAUGAGAUUGGCAAUGUCGCCCUCAUCAUCUUCGUCAGCUACUUUGGCAAUCGAGUUCACCGCCCCCGGCUUAUCGGCUUGGGGGGCCUGCUGCUGGCUCUGGGGGCUUUCCUGGUGACCCUUCCACACUUCCUCUCUGACCGGUACGAGUUUGCCCAAAUGAACACGGGUAACAACAGUCACACCAAGGACAAUCUCUGCCACAAGGAUGAUAUGUUUAUGUGUCCCAACACUACCCAGGACCCCCACAAAGAGGCAACCAGCAUGUGGGCAUUGAUGGUCGUAGCCCAGCUGUUAGCUGGGAUUGGAACUGUUCCCAUUCAGCCCUUUGGGAUCUCCUAUGUGGAUGACUUUGCUGAGGCAAACAAUUCUCCGCUGUAUAUUGCAAUCCUGUUUUCCAUUGCUGUGUUCGGCCCGUCUUUUGGAUACUUGCUGGGGUCCGUGGUGCUGCGGCUGUUUGUGGACAUUGGGAGACCUGACGUGAAUCUCAUGAAUUUGACACCACAUGACCAACGCUGGAUUGGAGCCUGGUGGCUGGGGCUGCUCAUCUCUUCAGGCUGCCUGCUGCUCACCUCCAUUCCCUAUUUCUUCUUCCCUCGGUACAUGUUCAAAGGGCAGGAUGCGGGUGCUGAGGCAGACAUGCUGAAGAAGAUGGAGAAGGCAAAGGCUGAAGAAGUCUCCCUGACGGAGUUCAUUAAAAAAUUCCCUCGGAUCUUUCUCAAGCUGCUCCUCAACCCCCUCUUCAUCCUCCUGGUCCUGGCUCAGUGCAGCUUCUCCUCAGUAAUAGCUGGUCUCGCCACCUUCCUCAACAAGUUCCUGGAGAAACAGUAUGGCACCACCUCUUCCUAUGCCAACUUCCUCAUUGGAGCUGUGAACCUGCCCGCGGCCGCACUGGGGAUGCUUCUAGGAGGAAUUAUCAUGAAGCGCUUUGGCUUCUCCAUCAAAGCCAUCCCACGGUUUGCAUUGGUGGUGCUCCUCAUCUCCAUCCUCUGCUGCCUCCCCCUCUUCUUCAUGGGCUGCCCUACACAGACCAUUGCUGGGAUUUAUCCACCCAGUACAUCAAGUUCCCAAUCACAAGCUAAGUGCCCCACUGGGUGCUCCUGCUCAGAGAACCUCUUUCACCCAGUCUGUGGAGACAAUAACGUGGAGUAUAUCUCUCCCUGCGAUGCUGGCUGUACGGAUUCCGUUGUUAAUUCCUCCACUCCCAAGCACGUGAUCUACGUGAACUGCUCCUGUAUCCACACCAAGAAUGGACAGUCCUCAGCAAAGACAGGUUCCUGUCAGGUCAGCUGUUCCCAUUUACUUCUUCCUGUCAUAUUCCUCAUCUCGUGUGCUGCGCUGAUAGCCUGCCUGUCUCACAAUCCCCUCUACAUGAUGGUAUUACGGUUGGUGAACCAGGAUGAAAAGUCAUUUGCUAUUGGAGUCCAAUUCUUACUGAUGAGACUGUUAGCCUGGUUGCCUGCUCCAGCUCUCUUUGGUGUCAUCAUUGACUCCUCCUGCCUCCAUUGGAAUAAGCAAUGCAGCAAGCGAGGAUUCUGUGCCUACUACAACAACGACUUCCUUCGUAGCAGAUACAUAGGCCUCCAGAUAGGGUAUAAACUUCUUGGCAUUCUGCUGCUAGUCAUCAUCAACUGGCGGGUGAAGAAGAACAAGGAAUACAAUGUGCAAGAGAAGGCAGCUGGCCUGGUCUAGCCAUGCCCUGCAAACGGACCCACAAGCGCACCCUUCCUAGCCUGUCCAUAUUUACUACCAGUACUUAGUCUUUUAGUUGUAUUUUGUAAGAAAACAACUCCAUAUUAGCGGCUGAGCUCUGAGCUCCACUAUGCAAAUUGUUCUGUAACCCAGCUAUGCAGACCAUGGCCAGACAUUUUUGCACUUCCGAGGAGAGAAUGGAGAACAAACUGGGCUUUCGGGGGCCAACCGUUUACCAUAAAUGGCCACUCAGUGUUACAAAGCAAAGUGCCCUCAAGGGGUGCCAGUGUGGAUUUCCUAGGACACGUGGAAAAGAAGAGCCGAUGGCUGAGAACCCAUUUGGGAUCUGAGAGCAAGGUGUUCUCCGGCAGAGCGUCACACAUCCCCAAAGAAAAGGGGAUGUUCUUUUUGUUUUCCAAAGGAGAAAUAGAAGAGGGGUCUGGCCUGUGAGGAGGAGCUCCUGGACUGCCCCAAGAGCAUCUAUCCUCUUGGAAGACUUUGAACAUGCAGGAAAAAUUCUACUUGGGGUAAAGCUGUUACAGCUGUGAAAGCCGUGUGUAUAGGCUGGGGAAGAGGGACAAGGAUCGAGAGCCCUGUCCCACCGCUCCAGAAAUUCCUGUCCACCCACUGUGUCUGUUAAAGAGCUUGCUUCAGUCCAAUGUAUUCUAUCCCAUGCCAUGUAUGCUAUACCUGGCCUGUCGGGGGGACCAGAGGAGGGAGUGGGGGCCAGUCAUGGCAUUAGCAAUCAAAGAAAUGUAGUCUCUGCUCAGAGAUCUUUUCCCCUCCCCCUCACACGCAGGCCAGCGUGGACACAGGUAGAUGAACUGUAUGAAGUUACUGCUAGUAGUUUACUGUGCAAUGUCACGUUUUUAAAUAAAAUCCACGUUUACUA